AUGCACCCGGGGGCCCUGGGGCUGUACGCCCCGCUGCUGGCGGCCGAGCAGAGCGCGCGCCUCUACUCCACGGUCUACGACUUCACCCCAGGACAGCUCCUCUGGGGGUGGCUGGCCCUUUCCGUGCUACUACCUGGCUUCCUGGUCCAGGGCCUGAGCGAUCUGUGGUUCUGGGCACAUGGACACCAAGGUCAUUGUUUGCUGGCUGUGCUAUUCCUGCUCCUUCAGCUUGGCCUGUGGAAGUGGCAUUAGGAUGCCGCGUCCACUGCUCUAUCGAAGGAGCGGGAAGCCUUCCGCCGAGACCAGGUGCUGCUGCAGGAGGCCGACCUGUCUGCCCUCCGCCUCCCGGAAGCCCUGAGGCAGCGGGGCCCCCACCUGCUGCUCCAGAUGCAUGUUUUCCUCGCCUCGGACUUCACAGAUAUUGUGCCAGGUGUGAGCACGCUGUGCCCCUGGUCCGCACUGGCCUGGGCCCUGGUGUGCCAUGCUUGCUGCGUGGGCUUCAUGAAGCGUCAGCUCCUCACGCCAUGGGCCACCCUCUUCUACCAGCAGCCCUGGAGGAUGGGCAUGUUGGGGGCCCGUGUCCGGAGCCUGGUUCUCUUCUUCAGAGCUUACCACGUCUGGGUUUUGGUUUCUGGAGGCAAGCAGGCUGUCAGUGGCUGCAUUAUGCUCCUGGAGAAAAUCCUCCUUUUGCUGUUGUCUACUGCCUUUCUCCAGGGGGCCUCCCAGACCAGCCUGUGGACCGUAGCUGGAGUCUUGUCUGGAUUUCUCAUUGGCAGUGUCCCGCCAACUCAUUAUAGCCUGCCACACCCUCGACCCACAGGCAUCUGGCAGAGUUGUGUCCGUCCAGGACUCGUGUGGCAUCCAGGGGCUGAUAAGGCAGAGACAGAAUCUUCUCCCGGGCCCCAGCUCCAGCUGGGGAGGGGCCGGGGAGCCCGGGCACACGCCAGGAGAAAAGCCACAAAUCCGCUCAGCGUGGGACCCCCAGAGGCUGGGCUGGAAAGCCAGACUGCUCUGGAGGGUUGUUUCCUCAGUCAUCAUCACUGGCUGCUGGUGAAACUUGCUAAAACAGGAAAUGGGUCUAAGAUCAAAGCAGCCUUUGGAGAAGAGUCCGGCUGCUUUCGUCCCCCUUCGUGGGGGCUGAGCCGGCACUACACCCAGCAGAGGACACCCCUGUUUCCCCAGCAAGACCUCCGACUGUCACCCCAGGACCCCCUGUCCUCGGAGGAAGGCUCUGAGUUUCAAGAAGCAGUCAGCCGCACGGAGCGAGCACAGCCUGAAGGAAGGAGCAGGGGUGCGGUGGGCGGUGGGCGGAGAGGAGGGGGAGGACAGGAGAGCUGCACGCUGUACUUCAGUGCCACGGCCAAGGGGACCGCAGCCGCACCCCAGGAAGGCAGGCAGGCAGUGACUCCGCAGACAUCCCACCCUGGGAGGAGGGCAGAGCCCUGCCCUCGGCCGGCCACGUGGCCCUUCCCUGCCACCAUGGCAGAAAGCAGCCCGAUCCCAGGCCCGGGCCCUUCCGGAAGCUUCCGCCACGGCGCAGGCUUGGUUGGCAGAGGCCCCGGCAGCUCAGAGCGUGAGGCACAGCAAGAGUCCACAAGGGACUGGAACCUUCCUGCCACUCUGGGACACGGAUGUCACUGCCAAAGGGGAGCCUGCGGCCCGCAGACGAGCCUUGCCCCACAUCCCAAGUGCGAGGCUGCCCACGGGGACUGCGGCUGGAGGGCCCGGCUAGAGGCCAAGGCGACUUUCUUCGUCUGA